CAAUUCAGUGCUAGUUUUGGUCACAAUAGGCGUGGCCAGACGAUUCUCAGUGUUGUUCAUUUAGGAACUUGGAAGACGUCGUGGGUUGCUGGUGGCUGAGUAGUGAGUUCCAGUACAAAAAUGGAUAUCCAAACAAGUCUAAUUUAUGCUGGAGUAGUUGUACUUUCUGCAGCGGUUAUAUUUGUAAUUUCAAUGUUUGGUAUAAAAGAGAAGACAUACGAAGAAGCGAUCGCAGAACAGAGAAAUAUGCCAGAAGAAAAUUUAUUAAUAGGUCACAGUAAUAAAGACAAACCCAAGGAUAAGAAGCAAAAGAAAACGGGGAAGAAAGUGAAAGAGAAACCAACAGAGCGUGAGAAGAAACAGUCAGAAGUAGUAUCAUCAGCACCUGCUCAGCCAGUCUCACAAGAAAAGUGUCAUGUGGACUUCGGGGAACCAGAAGCAGAAGUUUUAAGUGAACGUUCUCCACAGGAGGACAAGAAGAAAAAGAAAAAGGAAAAAGUAAAGCCAAUUCUAUUAAAUAAAGAUGAACAGAGCCAGAUUGUUGAGGUUGCACCUGUUCCAGCCAAUCACUUUGAGGAGAUUCAGCCAAAAGAUGACUUGCUCCUAAAACAAAAAGGAAAUAAGGAUGAUUUAGUUGGUAAAGGUGACAAAGCAAUUGUGGAAAAAAUGGUGGAGCCUCUCACUGUCCCUGACAAGGGACCUGCUAAACAGCCCAUUGCUAAGGUUGAAAAGAAGCCAGAGAAGGUGACAGCAACAGUAAUACAACAGGAACAGGCUACACCUCCUCAACCAUCAAAGGAACGCAACAAGAAAAAGAGGAGUGAACUUGCAACACUGCAGCAAAUGAGUGGAGAUCGUGAGGGCGUAAAUGUUAGUCUUCUGAUGCCUUUGGUUGGUAAAGCUGAACUAUCUUGGUCAGAGAUCCAAAUUUUGAUUGAUCUUCUACUCAAUAAACAACAGGGUUCUGCUGUGGACAAUUCAGAAUGGAUUGAGGGUCGUCAAGAUCCAGUAGUGAAAUUGAAAAAACAGCUGGCAGAAAAGGAGAAAGCUCUGCAGGAAGAGCAGGAAGCAGGACAAUCUCUGCAGAGCAAACUGAAGGAAUUGCGCAGUGAACUGAACUCGGAACGCUCGCGUCUCACGCACAGUUGCCGACAGCUUGAGGAAUCACUGGUGACAAAACAGAAUGAAAUUCAGUCGUUAGCUGCAAGGCUUCAGCAUGCUCUUGAGUCUCAUGUGGCUGAGAAACAAGCCCUCACGCAACAGUAUCAGCAGCUGCAAGCUCAGAUGAGUGAGGAUCACCUGCUGCUCAGAAAACUGCAGGAGGAAGAGGGUCAGGCUCAGGGAGUGCUGGAGCAGGAGUUGCACAACCAGCGACAGCAGCUGGAACUUCAUAUUGCUCAUCUCAAUGAGACACAUCAGGAGGCUGAAGCAGCUUUCAACUCGCAGAUUGGUCAACUUCAUGGGAAGCUACAAGAGCAGGAAAAUAUCAGUGCAUCACUAAGAGCUGAUCUGCAGAAACUGAGAGAAGGGCAGAUGGGACGAGAAGGAGAGAACAAGGUCCUCAGAGAACAGAUCUCUCACCUUGAGAAUCAGAUUCGACAUCUUGAAUCUCAAGCCGCUCAUUUAAAAGAGUCUUCUGAUCGAGCCCAAGAAUUUGUAAGGCAGAAUGAAGAGGAGCUGUGUCGAAAAGAUGCUGAAUUAGAACAUCAUAUUGCUAGUGCCAGGCAACGUGAAGCAGAAGUACAAUAUGAAUCUGCGAGUUUACUUAAAGAAGUGGAAACUCUGAAAGAAAAAUGUGCCAGCUACAAUGAAGCAAAGAUUGAAGUCAGCCGUUUGAUAUCAGAGAAUGAACAUCUGUUAGCUCAGGUUUCCACAAUGAAAGAUCUGCAUCUAGAGGUCCAGCACUUGCAAGAAGAGAAUGAGCAUCUGCUAUCCCAAAUGUCUUCGUUUUCGCAGCUUGAAGAGGAGGCCCAGCAGCUGCGAGAGGAGAAUGAGUCACUUGCAGCACAAGUCACAGCGAUGACUGAAAGGCCAGCAGCUGAGGGUCGAGAAAAUGGAGACGUUCAGUACCCUGAAGAAAAGCGAGCAGCUGCUGAGGAUGAUAUGUCACAGCAAGCUAGCAUAGUGGAGCAGAAAGAUCUGUUGUUGGAGAAGUUGAGUGAUGAAUUGAAGCAGAAAGAUUCUCUUGUAGAGAAGCUUAAUUCUGAAAUCAAUACAUACAAGACUGAGAUUAGUAAAUUAAAUGAAGAUUUGGAAUUUCAAAGAAGAAAGAACAAUGAAAUUAGUAAAACAGUUAGAACAGAAGAACAAACAGCCACUAAAGAGAUUCUGCAGAGGAUAUUCCCUGAUAUUAGGAUAGAAGAUAAUGAGGCAUAUGAUGUGUGGGUGGAGAGGUUUGAAAGCUCAGUCAAGAGCUUCAUCUCUGAACAGAAGGCACAGAAUGCAGCAGGCUCCGUGCCCGAAGAUCAUGCAUCCAUGCUGAUAGAACUAGAAAAGCAAAACUCUCAGCUGCAAGCCAUGGUUACACACUACAAAACUAUUAUUGAAGAUACGGAAGCACUGUUGAACCAACUCCAGAACCGUGUUGAAAAGGAAGAAGGAAGAUGGCGCCAGCAGCUGCAGAUCAAGGAAGCUGAGUUGGAAACAAUUAAGGAGGAGAAUAACCAACUGCAGCAGUCAUUAGAACAGCUCCAGAGAACAGAAGAGGAUGCUUCAGAGAUGCAAUCAAAGUUGCAAGACUUGCAAGAGAAUCUGCAGACUGAAGAGGCAGAGAAAAGAGAACUUGUCCAUAAAUAUGAAGAAAUUCAAAACCGUUGUGAUCAGCUGCAGGACCAAGUGAAUUCAAACCGAGAGCAGCAGCAUGAAGGAAAGGAAAAGGACUGCCUCGCUUUAGAAUUAAAGACUGAACAAGAAAAGAAUCAGGAUCUGAUGAAGGAAAUAGUGAAACUAAGAAGUUUGGUCCGGAUAGGUCAAGACUCGUUGAUCCAGGAGCAGCAGCUAGUACAGCAAUUGCAGAAGCAGUUGGAUAACUUACAUGGGAUGAACCAGAACCACAAUGUAGCCACCAAUGGACCUGCCCCUGAGCCUUCUAUAACUGAGUCCCUUUUCACAUCACCACAACCUUUGUCUGAAACAUCACUGUUGGAGAAAAGACCCAAGACUAAAAAGAAAAAGGGUGGUUCCGGAAAAAAAUAACUCCAAAGAAGACAGUUAAACCAGACUCCUGGGUUGAAUGAGACUUUGUCUGAUAGUAUAUUGUGCCGUGUGAUUGCUGUUAGAGUAACAUAAUAGUUCUGAAACAGUACUAUUCAAGAGGGUUUGUAUGACCACAUGUCCUAGAAUAUGUGUGUACGUGUGUUUGUAUGUAUGGAUAUCAGUCAGUACAUCACUGGCUGAGUAGUGAGUGACUUCUACACAAACUGCUGGGGAGUUGGGUUACAUAUACUAUGGUGCUUAAAAUUAAACCACUGUAUUUGUUUUGUAUGUUCACUGAACUGGACAUGCAUGCAAGAAGACAUAUGGGUUUCUUGGUGUGAUAAAUAUAUAGGAAAUGGAUGUCCUAAGAGAUUGAGGGGUCAUGAGGAGGGAUGUUGAGGAAUCUGUUCCUCACUUGUCUGAGAGUACUUAUUUCUCAAUUUCAUUUUCUUAUUUUAGAUUCCUGUAACUUUUUAUAUGGUAUAACAGAUAAUUGAUGUUAAUAAUUCAUGCAUUGGGUUAGCACUGGUAAUGUAAUUUCAUUGGUGUAGCACAGUAGUGAAUGCCUAUAAAAAUAUUUUUAAUAAAUAACAGUCUUUUUAUGUAAAUUAUAGUGAUCAAUUUAAAAAAUGUUUUCAGCUGCCAGACUGAAGUAUUGUAUUUUAAGUUCAACAUGGAGUAGAUUCCUUGUCUGUAUAACUGUUUUGUGAAAUUAAUAUUAUUUAACUCAAUACAGAAUAACACAUUAUGACUUAAAUAUGAGAAACAGAAAGGUAGAUAAAAUAGAAAUUGAAUUCUAGGAUAGUUCACCUAUAAUGAAUGUGGGGACACACAGCAAGGCCUACACAAGACAGUGUCAGCACAAAAUGAAAACCAGAUGGCUCAAAAAUGAGAAAUCAUCCAUAUAGACUAUUGCAAUAUUGUUGUGUUUACAUCAGAAGCAAAAAAGAAAAAAGAAAAUUCAGUAAUCUGCAGUAUGAUUUUUAUGGCGAAACUGAAUACUGUACAAUUGUAUUCCUACAAUAAAGAGUAUGCACAUAGUGGAAACUGGUUAA